CUCGGCUUUGAAGAAAUGACCUCCGUACGAUAUCUCUACAGCGUCAUUGUUUUGGUUGGGUUUAUGAUGAUCGUCUUGUACAACGGAGCUGUGAUCUCCGUGGUCGCGAUGCACAAAAGUUUGCAGGAGCCAAUGUAUAUAUUUGUCUCCGCGCUAUGCUUCAACGAACUAUACGGGAGCACCGCAUUUUUCCCUAACUUAUUCGUCAACUUGGUUACCAACUCCGAGACCAUUUCGUACGUCGGUUGCUUGACGCAAGCGUUUUGUAUUUCUACGUAUGUAGGCUGCGAAAUGACCAUUCUAACGGUUAUGGCGUUCGAUCGCUAUGUUUGUAUCUGUAACCCUCUGAGAUAUCAUACGAUAUUGUCCUUAUCAACUGUGUACAAACUGAUUGUGGCCAGUUGGCUGUAUCCAAUUAUUCUGAUAGUCAUACUUGUUACAAUGACAGUCAGGCUCCCGUUGUGUGGCACGGUCAUCCUGAAGAUUUACUGCGAUAACUGGACCAUCGUGAGGCUGUCCUGCAUCGAUACGACAGCAAAUAAUAUAUACGGCCUUUUUGUCACCGUGGCUUUGGUGGUUCUUUUGCCUGCGUUAAUCUUCGUGUCCUACGUUGAGAUUUUGAAAGUGUGCUUAAAAUCCCCGGCACAAACCAGAAUUAAGGCUUUGCAGACCUGUACACCUCAUCUGAUAUCCAUCACCGUCUUCGUUGUCGAUGUGCUUUUUGAAAUACUUCUCUAUAGGUUCGCACCCACAAACGUUCCUUCCCAAAUCCGCGUGGUCAUGUCCAUUCAGUUACUGGUGGUGCCACCGCUGCUCAAUCCUCUCAUGUAUGGACUGAAGACAAAAGAGAUAAAAAGUAAACUAGCUCAGCUUGUGCAAAGAGAACUUUGUACGGACAUUAAGGCACAGACUGGCUUCACCGUUUCUUAA